CUUCCUCUUGUAGACUAAUUUAUGUUAUUCUUGGACUUUUAAUAUGUUGUGGUAGAAAAUAAAAACUGCAUUGAUUCAAGUUUAACUUCAAAUAUAAUUAUAUGAAGUGAUGUGGUACUUGCAGUUAUCAGUUUUACUGAAGACACUGAAGUAUAUUAAUUACAUUUCUUAUUUCUUAGUGAGUUUCCCGAAAACACAUCAGUGAUGGAGCAGCAUCUGUUCAUACUCCUGUUUCUCAUAGGAGUCAUCCCUCUCAUCCUGUCUGUUCCUCGUAAGUACUAUCUGAUCCAGCAAGAGCGAAGUUGGAGUGAUGCUCAGGCUUACUGCCGGGCCAUGCACUCUGACCUGGCUAUCAUCAAAAGUGAUGACAACAUGGCCCGACUUCAGAAUGAAGCACAGAGACAGCAAUUCAGUUCCAGUGCUUGGAUUGGACUGUACAGUGACAUCAACAGCUGGCACUGGUCCCUUGGCAACGAGGCAGUUGGAAGUAUGACCAAUUGGCAUGCAGAAGAGCCUAACAACAAUUACGGACAUGAAGAGUGUGGAGUGGUCAGUAUGGUGGGUUGGUGGGAUGUGUCAUGUAGACACGCAUACCCCUUUGUGUGCUUUGAUGACAGUGAAACUGGCAAUCAGAGGUACAUUUACAUCUCUAAUAGUAUGACAUGGCAUGAAGCUCAAGUUUACUGUAGACAGUAUCACACAGACCUGGCCAGCGCGAGAGACACUAAUGAAAACUCAGUUAUAGAGAGACUGACCUCUGGAUGGACUUGGUUUGGUCUGUUCAGAGACUCCUGGAAGUGGGUAGACCAAACCAACUUCUCUACCAUCAGCUGGAUGCCUGGAGAACCUGAUAAUGCCCUGGGGAAUGAGAAUUGUGGUUAUUUAAAUAACAGUCAGGCUUUUGAUGCACCGUGCUCAGACCUAAAGCCUUUCUUUUGUUACUCCGCAAUCACAGGAAAAGAGCAAAUUGUAAAGUUGAAGGUUCAAGCCAAUCAGGAUGUGAAUGAUCCUGCAGUAAAGAUGACCAUCUUGGAGCAGAUCAAGCAGAAAGUGAAGAAUCAUGGAAUGGCAAAAAACAUCACGGUGAAAUGGAGAAAGCAUCCAGAUGGAAUGGUGUUUCACAAGAAGAAAGAAAAUACUACUACAGUAGGAAAAGGAGAGCUCUAAGUCUAUAGCUGUGCCUAAAUUAUGUAAUUCUGUAAUGCACUAGGCAUUUUUAUUAUGAGUAAUAUGUUCACUCUGGGAAAUUUAAUGAGCUCUAAUUCACUAUUAAAUGUAUGGUA